UAAAAGUUUGGAAAGACAAAAUGCAUCUGUAAUCUACUGUGUCGUGUGCCUUUGCCGCUCUCUCUGUCUCUCUCUUCUGGUUGGGACUGGGGAAAUAUACAUAGUCUUGGGAGGUCAAUUAGAGUGUAUGCCCGCUAUGGAAAUAGCAGAAACUCCUAAGUUGCCUCUGGAUUUGGAUCGCUUUGCUGCCGAUAGCUUUGUCAUUCACAUCGAUGCCUUCUCUUCCUCUUCCCCCACCACCACUGCCGCCGCCACCACCACCACUACCACUCCUCCUCCUAAUAAUAAUCCCAGAAUCACGUUGCAGAGGAGCCUUUCUAGGAAAGGAUCUCAGCGUGGGGGCGGGAGGAAGGUGAAUGGAAAUGCAACACUUCAUGAUAAGGAUACUGCUACAUCCUCACCAAAAGCAGUUGGUGGGUCAUGCACGCCCGAAAAGGCCGCACUACUGGGAGUAGGGUCCAUCGAUCAUUCCAUCAACCCACACAUCCAUCAUCAGAUUCCUGUAACACCCACCGGCACCACCGCUGCCGAAAGUGCCAAAUCUCUUACUCGUAGAAAUAGUUUCCGACGCUCUUCUUUGUGGGCCCUUGACCCUAGAAGGGUACUCCUGUUCUUGGCUACCUUGUCAAGCAUGGGAACAAUGUUGCUGAUAUACUUCACUCUUGCAAUCAGUAAGCAAAAUUCAGAUGACUGAUGAUUGAUUUCAAUGAACCCCGAUUAUAGGGUAUACAUAUAUACAUGCGGAUAAAAGGGCAUGCGUUGCGGAGAAAAGACAGAACAUACACCGGAAUAGAAAUGUGCAUUUGGCUACUGGCGAUUACGACGAUAGAUAAAUGCAAACACAGAAGACAUGUUUAAUUUAUGCCAACGGAAGACAAAACAGAUCACACGGCAUUGCGCAUUAGUUUAGCCUAUUGCAGUGCAUGUGGAGGAUCAGAAAUCACUGUUUUGCUCUUACGUUGAUGAAAUGAAUUAGCAUGUGAUGAACGUUAAUCUUACUCCUUGUUUUCCGCAUAUAUAUAUGUAUAUGUAUAUAUGUAUGUUGUCAACUAUAGUUUCAGCUUGAGCAGAGGGAAAGAAAAGAAAACCAAUAUUGAAUA